AUGCCUACCUCUCUGGACUCAUCUCGCCCCAUCAUGGCACCCUCUAACCGUGCCUCGGUCCGCUACUCGACAUACAGCAUGAACGCGCCCUCCAUCACGCCGACGGUGCAGUCCACGGACAGCGUUAAUCCCGAGAUCCGCCCCAUCGUCGACGGGCUCGAACGGCUCAAGAACCCGCAAUUGGCCGACCAGCGGGUGUACCUCAACGAGGAGAAGGCGGCCAACUUUGCGCGGCUGGCGCUGAGCGCCAAGCUGGAGCGGGCGCUCGGCCGGCGCAUGACGGGCCAGGACGCCGUCAUGCGGCCGCGCAAGCCGUCAGUCGUCGAGGUCACGUCGGAGAAGGCCAAGGUCUGA